UUUUUUGUUUCCGUUUUUUUUUCUCUCUCUUUCUUUAUAAAAAUUCAAGUAGCAGUUUUCUUUCAUUUUUUUCUCUUUCUUUCUUUCUUUCUUUCUUUCUUUCUUUCUUUUUUCCCUCCCUUUUCUUUUGGAACCACCCGAUGAUUAUCGACGGAACAAUGGACGGUCUCAUCGAGAUUUUCGUCUUCUGCGGAGUGCUUUACUAUUUUUUCAAUACCAGAGCUACAAAUAUGGUAGAUGUACUUUUUAUGCGUCUUCAUGAAGUUUAUGAAAAAUGGGAUAGCAAGACGGAUAUAAGAAGAAAUAGCGGAACAACAGCAUCAAGCGGAAAUUCGUCUCCAUUUUCUGCAGGCGAUCUUAGACGUGCAGGACGAGAGUAUCAAAGGAGACGUGAUUUUGAAUGGAGGAAGGAAGCAAAAUAUUCGAGGUUGUACGAUGCUAAGCUAGAUAAAGAUUCGAGCGUUUAUUACAAAAGUUUACGUUUGUUCGUACAACCUUACUGCAGUAGUUGUAUACAACGAUCUGAGAAUUUUCCAUAUAGAAAAGAAAGCAAUGAACAGCCAUACGGCGUGAAUAUGUUGACGGUAGAUUCUGGUCCUGGAUUGUUUUCUAAAUUUUUUUGUCAUUUCUUUUAUAUUUACGGAUUGAAGACAUAUUAUUAUCCAAAAUUAACAGAGACAGUAUUGAAUGAUGAGAAAUUAAAUGAAAUCUUCAAAAUAGCCGCUUGGGAAAUGGCUAAUAAUGAUGGCUUUAAUGAAAAGCAGGCCAUGACGAAUGUUAAAGAUAGAGCUAAAACAAUACUUUUACAGAUGGAAAGUAGAAUUAGUAAUACGCUACUUAAAAUUACUGCAUGGAUUCUUUACAAAUUAUUACCUUGUUUCUUACGAUCAGCCAUUAUUUUUCCACCACAAAUAGAAGUAUUGAAAAAGGCUAGCGAUACUGGUUUGCCUUUAAUUUUUUUACCUCUACAUCGUAGUCAUUUGGAUUAUGUUAUGAUAAGUUUUAUUCUUCUUAUGCAUAAUAUCAGAAAUCCAUUGAUAGCUGCUGGUGAUAAUUUAAGAAUUCCUUUUUUUGGGUGGCUUCUUAGAGGUUUAGGUGCUUUCUUUAUAAAACGCCGUAUUGACCCAUCUGCAGGUCAUAAAGAUAUUCUUUAUCGUGCUGUUCUUCAUACAUAUAUUAUAGAAAGUCUUCGAGCUGGUCAUAAUAUAGAAUUCUUCGUGGAGGGUGGUAGAACAAGAACUGGUAAACCAUGUAUGCCAAAAGGUGGCAUCCUAAGUGUGAUUGUCGACGCCUAUAUGGAUGGUAUAAUUGAUGAUGCUUUAAUAGUACCAAUUGCAAUGAACUAUGAACGUCUAGUAGAUGGAAAUUUUGUGAGAGAACAAUUAGGACAACCCAAAAAAAUGGAAACAUUUGGAUCAACAAUGAAAGCUAUAUGGUCUACAUUAAUGGGAAAUUAUGGCAUUGUCAAAAUUAAUUUUUGUGAACCAUUUUCACUUAGUAAAAUGUUGAAGUCGUUUCAGAAAAGCCAAAACAAUGUAAAACAUCAAAUGGGAAAAAAGAUUCUCAAGCACACAAUGUCCAAUUCAUCUCUAUAUGGAACUGAUUUCGUAGCAGAAGAGCAUCGUCAAUUAGUUGAUAACAUUGCGCGUCAUGUUGUAUAUGAUUGCUUUAAAUCUACUCCUAUUAUGUCAACAAAUAUUGUUGCUCUCUUACUCUUAAAUAAAUUCAGAGAUGGAUGUACAUUAGACGAAUUGGUGAAAUCAUUUGAUAUAAUCAAAAAAAAUUUUGUAUACCAAAACGUGGAUAUGGCAUUUUCUGGCAAAACCAUUGACAUUAUAAAUCAUGCAUUGGAUAUCUUGGGCCCAGAAUUAGUUAAGCGACAACAAGAAGAAAUAACAGAAGCUGUGGACGGGCAGCUUAUCAAAUCAAAUGUCAUUGUAAUUCGUCCCGUAUCGAUAUUACCAAAUUUAAUCGAAUUAUCAUAUUACAGCAAUUCUAUGAUAUCUUAUUACAUUAUGGAUAGUGUUGCAGUAACAGUUUUGUAUGCUGGAUUGAAGUCUGAAAAAAAAGAUCCAAUGACACUUUCUGAAGAGGAUAUAAUUAGUAUUUCCGAAGAUGCUUUUAUUACAAAAAUACUUAAACUUUGUGAUAUAUUAAGAUAUGAAUUUAUUUUUUGCAAACCUUGUGACACACUUGAUAACGUCGCUGCAGAUACUAUACGACGUCUUUCAUCGAUACUUGUUUCAGAUGAAGUUCGUACGCCAGAACAAUUAUGGAACAGAAAUUUUAUAGGAUCUACUCAUUUAUUUUCAAAUGAUGGUUAUUCAGGAAGAUUUAUAUACAAACUUAAAAUAAAUCCGACUAGCAUUAAUAUAAUGGAAUUUUUACAUACAAUGUUACGUCCAUUAAUUGAUACAUAUACAUUGAGUGCGUAUACUUUGAGAAAAUUAGUGAGAAGAUCUUUAUCUGAAAAGGUUUUGCUUCAUGAAGUUUUAAAUGAAAUAAAAACGAAUUUGGAUAAUGGCAUCAUUAAUUACGGUGAAAGUUUAUGUGUUGAUCCUAUUAAGAAUUCUUUUAAACUUUUUGAAAAGUUGAAUAUCUUAGAAUGUGUUCCUCAAGGAAAUGUUAAAAUAUUUUAUUUAAAAGUAGACUAUGAUACAGAUGUAGCUAUAGAAAACUUUUAUCAAGAUAUAGCAGCAUUUAAGUGGACCAGAAGUACAGAAUGAUGAUUUCUUUUCAUAUUACCAAGAUAAAAUUAUAUAAAAUAUUGUAUAUAGUUUUUCUAAGAUGUGAAGUAUAUUUUGUAAGACUUUUUAAAUGAUAUUCUGUAAAUUUAUAAAAAAGAUGUCAAAAAUCCUCCAUGACGAUAUAUAUACAAAGUUAA